CCUCCUUCAGCAACCUUGCCCUGCUCCCGACACGAUAUUCGUACCCGACAUCAAAUUCGAUAAGACGACAAUAUUUACAUCGGUCCCGAACAGGCUUUGACAAUGCCCACUUCUACGCGACAGCUAGCUUUAUUCCCGUCGCUGCUCGCGGAGCAUGUCCUCGCUUUCCAGUUCUCAUCCUGGUACCCCGCCUUUUCCCAUCUCACCAUCAGAUCGAUCAUUAUUCGCCCACUGCCUCGCGAGUUCCGUCAAUAUCUCAACGAGGACAGUGUGUUCGUGCCAGAGGGGUCAGAGGACGUGCCGGCAGAGAGCACCCUCUCAGACACUGACUCGAGCGCCGGCGGCAGCAAUGACGGUUCGGCAACCUCCGAUGAUCAGAGUCCACGCUAUGCGUUCCCAGAGUUGGACGCAGGCAUACGCCAGGCCGUCGCACAGUUCGGCGCUGUCUUUCCCAAACUCAACUUCUCCUCGCCUAGGGAUGCAUCGUGGAUCUUGCCCGCGUCUUCCCCAUUGAAGUGCACAAGCCCUUCCGAAGUCUACUUGCUAUUGAAAUCCUCGGACUUCGUCUCUCAUGAUCUCGAUCCUGUAUCUGUUUUCGCGGGCUGUCCCGACACCACGGGCUCCGAUUAUGAGAUCGAGCUCGUGCUGAGGAAGUGGUAUCCAGUAGAUAGAAGCAGGGAAUUACGUUGCUUCAUACGAGACAACAUCCUCCUGGGUGUUUCCCAACGGGAUAACAACUACUACGACUUUUUGAACGAAGUGGCGACCCAGCAGAAGGUUUUGUCGACAGUCAAGCAGUACUGGGUAACGCAUGUUCAGGAACACUGGGAAAAAGUCGGGAACUACACCUUUGAUAUCCUCCUGACGCGCAAUCUGGAACGAGCACAUGUGAUUGAUUUCAACCCCUACGCACCUCGGACGGACUCGUUGCUCUUCACUUACGAAGAACUGCUGGCCCUAUAUUCCUCCCCCCAAGAGACCGUCCCACAGCUCCGCGUCAUUGAUUCACGCUCUCACCCAGCUGCCAUCCGCAACGCCCCGGCUCACCAGCACAACAUGAUCCCGUUCGAAGCCUUAAGCCUCAGCAGCGGCGCGGACAUCGAAGAGUUUGCCCAGCGAUGGCAACACGAGGUUCAGAAGGCGGCUCAGCACGGCGAAGGCGAACAGGUGCAGUAG